AUGAACUUCAAACUGUCAUUCUUGAUUGCUCUUUUGGGCGUAGCUGCGUUUGCUCAAGCUUCGUCUUCUGAAUUCGAAAGCUUGAAGGAAAAGCUGGAGGAGAAGAAGGAUGACAUCAAGGAAGUUAUCGAAAAGUUGGAGGGUAAGUGCUUGUUGUUAACGUUGAAAAAAUUCAAAAAAAAAAAAUUUUCUUUUGAAAAAAUUAAAAUAUCGAAUUCUAAGUCCUUUUCAAUUUUUUAAGAGUAUCAAAUAAUUCCAAAUGUAACCGUAACCUUCUCAGACCAAAAAGUUCCAAUCUCCGAAAAGCUGAAGAACGCUCUCCAACACCUGAAGGAGCACGAAUUGGCCGCCGUCAAGCAAGCAUUGAAGGGAAAUGGCAAGCCAUUGAAGGAAAUCAUCAAGGAGAUCGAAGAGAAAGUCCCAGGCCUAAAGGAGUUUGUGAACAGUGACUUGGCCAAGAAGAUUGAAGCCAAAUUCGAAGACUUCAAGGAGAACGCCAAGGAAGACCUGCAGAAGCUGAAGGAAAAGGCUGUUAAGGCCAAGAGCAAGGUCAAGGACUUCUUCGCCAAGAUCAAGAAGGCUUUGCAAGAGGCUAGCGAUGAGGAUGACGAAUAA